CCCAUUCUGAUAAGACCCGUUAUUAUUACAGUGAUUACGAUUAACUUGGGUUAUCAGCCAUGGUCGGACUGACGGAUUCACAUGCCAUGGUGUAAUGCUAGCAGGGACCGAUCUGCUGUGGCAGUUCUAUAAUUAACCGAUGCAAAUUAAACGUCGGGACGCGGGCCUCUCCCAGCACGGCAGCAGCACGACGAGUUGUCGGAGCCUGGCACUGGCCGCGACUAGCGCCUUCAAGUUAACCUGCAAACGGGAAAAGAAACUCUGGCGCUACCAUCCGCCUGGGACGGGCUCAGGAGCAGUAAGAUUGCUCCCCGAGAUGAUCCUGCAUCCUGCCACGCUAAGGCAUGGCUGCGAAAUGGUUGCUGUUCCUCAUGUCAAAUCACCAGGGUUGACUCGUCCCCGGAUCCACCGGGGGCGCUCGCCGUCAUUCGAGAAGCGGCCUACUGACGCAUGCUGAGGUGAUUGACUCAAUGGUCCGCAAUAGUCAUCUUUGCUUUCGGUGCCAGUCGCCUUUGCAAAUUGCAAUUAAUGGGUGCCAUCCGUGCCUCGGGCAUCCCCACCCCGGAUGGGUUUC